AUGCUCCGCCCUAUCGCCACCGCCUCCACCACCCCUGUCCUUCCCACCGUCAAGCUUCACAACCCCCUCAAAUCAAAUCACCCGCCACCCGCAAUACACAGAAAACCAUUUGUCCUGUCAAAUCUAACCCUCACGAAAAACCUCACCAGGAAUAGAUCUCUCCGAUUCGCCGCCACCAGCUCCGAAAGUACCUCCGAGGAUGAGUGGGAAUUUCGGGACUCAGAAAUUGGGGAAGACAACGGCGGCGGCGACGAGGGCUGCCCCUGGGAAGGCGCGAUUGUGUACAAGAGGAACGCCGCUGUACUGCAUUUGGAGUACUGCACGACUCUCGAGAGAUUAGGGUUGUGGAAGGUCUCGUCGGAUCUGUCGAGGAAUCGGGCCUCAGAGAUGGGCCUGCGAGUGGUUAGGCCCGUGAGGGACUCUCCGGACGGGACGCCGGUUUUGAUCUCUGUGGGUGUUACGAGGAGGAAGCAGAAGCUGCGGCUGGACGGAAUUGUUAGGACUGUCAUUGCUCUUAAAUGCAACAGGUGUGGGGAGCCAGCUGCCCAGAGCUUGUACUUGGAUUUCUCGCUUUUGUUGUGCGAGCAACCAAUCCCAGAAGACGACGCUAUAAACAUGGGUGUCAUCUUUGGAGACGACAAAUUGAAGAGUUUUGGAAUGGAGGAAAAUGAGGAGAAUGAAGAUGCGUCGAUUGACAUAGACGAUCAGCUAUAUUUUCCUGUUGGUGAGAAAACAAUCGACAUCUCGAAAAACAUAAGGGACCUCAUACACUUGGAGAUCAACUUUAAUGCAGUCUGUGAUCCUGGCUGCAAAGGACUCUGCCUAAAUUGUGGUGCUAACCUAAAUAUCAGAAAGUGUUCGUGUAAGGAGGAGGAUGUGAAGGAAGUAAGUUACCGGCCUCUUGGAGAUUUAAGAAAGCAAAUGAUGCAGCAAAGUUGA